CGUGAACCUUGCUUGUUUCUUCCUUUCCCCUGCUCUGCUUUCCCCAAGCUCAGCCUCUCGUCCGCUCUAUAUUCUAUCCACCAUCGAACGGAAAAGCCCAAAAAAUUCGAGCUCUUAAGCUUGCGAAUUUCCGCCUUAUUUUUUCCCUGCGCACAGCAUUGGAAUCCCCUCCCAUCUCUCUGAUGCAAUCUCACCAACCUAUGCGAUCUUGAUCUCCAACACCAUGGCAGCGGCCGACGUGGACUUGGGGCAACUCUCCACGCAUCUUGGCGUGCCGGAGCCUGCUCUCAGCUCGCUCACGACCGAGCCUACCGUCGACCUUGUCCACGCUGUCCUCCAAGCCGUGGCAGCCAAGGCGCGCGAGUUUGAGGUGAUCUACUCUGAAAAGCUGCAGGUCGACAUCGAGCUGGAGAACGUGAUCCGGAGCUCCGAGGCACGAUGCGAACAAUUCAAGACCACCACCGACAAGUCCUUGAAGGAGGUCGAGGAAGUUAGACAGAAGCUUCGAAACGAAGAGAAUGAUCGGCAAGCCCUCGAGAACGAACUUCAGACUCUGAGGUCUUCCAGUGCAUCGCAUCAGACCGAAAUCGAGACCUUACGGGAGCGCAACAGUUCCCUGGAAGCGUCAAAUCGAGAUGCCCUUUCGAUCAUCGAUUCGAAGAACGCUGCCAACGCCGACCUGGCCGAGGAGCUUCAGAGGCAGCAUAAAAAGAUUGUGCAGCUUAAUCAGGAGAUUGCGUCGCUGAGCCAAGCCGCCCAAUCUGCCCAGGCCACAGUGAGCAGUGCAAAGUUCCGUGAAGAAUCAAUCCAGCAGGAGCUCGAGCUGGCGCGACGAAACAACGAAUGGCUGGAAAACGAACUCAAGGCGAAGAGUGCCGAAGCCCUCAAAACCCGAAAGGAGAAAGGCGCCCGCAUCUCCGAGCUCCAGCGACUGUACGACGACGCGAAUUCGAAUAUCGAGUCGCUGACGCGCAGCGAGCAGCAGCUUCGAAAGCGGCUGGACGAGGCACAGAAGAAAGCAGACGAGUCCCUGACCAAGGUGCAACAACUCCAAGAAUCGGCUUCUCGGGCCGAGGAGGGUUUCAAGCAGGAACUUGAAUCGUCAAAGCGACUUGUCGAACUCAAGGAUGAACAAGCCAAGACCCACAAGAAGAGGCUACAGGAGGUCGAGUUUAGACUUGAGCAAGUCAAGGACGAUGUAGUCGAGGAGGUUCGGGCGAUCCGGCAAGCGCUUGAGAAGGAGAAGGAGGAGCACGCGCAGACAGUACAUCAGGCCCAGGAACUGCAAUCUGAGAUGGACCGGUUGCAGGCUGUCCUGUCGUCCCAGACAGUUGAGCCAGGAUCCGCGCCGCAGACCCCCCGACCGAACGGCUCUGUUUUCGGCCGUGCUGCAUCCCCCUUCGCCACCCCAGGAUCUCUUCGCGGCAAGUCUGCCUUGCGUGCAAGCGAUGCCAUUGAGGAGCUGUAUAAUGUCAAGGGGCAGUUGAGCGGGGAAAAGCGACGGAACAAGAAGCUCCAGGAAGAACUCGACGACCUUGCAAGCAUCUUGGAGGCCAAGGCACCCGAAAUCGACGAGGCGAAUGCCGAAGCCGAGCGUCUGAGGAACGAAGCCAUCCAGAUGUCCCAGAUCAUGGAGCAGUCCUACCAGGAACGCGACUUUGCAACCAAGGCUGCCAGAAAGGCAGAGGCGGCCGCCUCUAGGGCGCAGACUGAACUCAACAUACUACAAGCCCAGCUUCGCGACCUCAGCACCCAAGUGCACGUCCUCAUAUUUAAUAUCCACGCCCAGGAGAAGGGCCUGGACCAACUCAGCGAGGAGGAGACGAGGCAGUAUGAGCGUAUCUCGCGAGGAGAAGUUGCGGAGGACUCCUUGGCAGAUCUCUCGCCUACCCACAAGUUCAUCACGGAACGAUUCGUUGCCUUCAAGGACAUCUACGAACUCCAGGCCAAGAACCAAGAACUCCUGAGACUUACACGCGAGCUUGCCGACAAGAUGGAGAAGGAGGAAGCCCUGGCAGAGCAGCAUCAGGCGGCCGAGGCCCAUGAAGAGGUCGAGAGCCUCCGUGGCACAGUCUCUACCUUGCAAGACGAGGUCAAGUCCAUCACUGUGCGCAUGAAGAGCUACAUGACCGAGCGAGACAUGUUCCGCCGCAUGCUGCAGCAGAAGGCGACCCCAGCCGAGAUCCACGCAGCCCUAGGGGCGUCCGGCGACGGCAGCCAGCGGGAGGUCCUCGCAAGUAUCGAGCAAAACACCGCGGCCGAGGAGGCCGACCUGGUUGUCGCCCUUCGAGAAUUGCAAGGCCAGUUUGAUUCUUACCGAAAUGACCAGACUACCGACCGAAAGGCGCUCAAGGAUCAGAUCGACAGGCUAUCGUCAGAGAAGUCCUCCCUGCAGGCCGAGGUUUCGAGGGUUGGCAGCCAGCUCACUCUCGCCACUGAACGAUACGGCAUCCUGCAGUCCAACUUACAGGCGAUGCAGGUUGAAGGCAAGGAGCUGCAGAAGAGGAAUCAGGCCCUUUCAGAAACGUCUGCCAAACAGGAUAUCCGCACCCAGCAGGUUGCGCAGGAGCUUGUGGAGGUUCGAGAGUUGCAUGAGAGCAUGCGGAAUGAGAACGCAAAUCUCAAGGCCGAGAAGACUCUGUGGAAGAGCAUUCAAGAACGUCUCCAUCAGGAUAACGAGAACUUGGUCCAGGAGAAGGCUAGGCUCAAUUCUCUGCUUUCGAACCAGCAGUCUCUACAGAAUGAGAGAGAGCUGGGCGAGGCGGAGACGAGACGACGACUGCAGAACCAGACUGACACUCUGGAGGCCGAGCUGACCGCCACAAAACGCAAACUCGAGGCCGAGAGAGAGGAGUCGAGGAAGUCUCAGCUGAGGAGAGAGUUCGAUGGCCAGCAGUCGCAGAAGAGGAUCGACGAGCUGACCUCGUCUCUCGGACAACUCAAGCAAGAGAAUGUGGCCCUCAAGACGAGCCGUGACCAUCUCCAAGCCCGAGUCGAUGAACUGACCGUUGAAGUUCGGAGCGCCGAGGAGCGUGCGCAGCGGCUGCGCCCAAUCCCGACUCCACGAGCCGCAGCACCAGCAACCGCAGAGCAGGCAGGUGGCGACGAUGAUUCGGAAGCUCGCAUCCAAGAAUUGGAAGCCGAGACUUCUGAGCUCAAGACCAGCCUCGAGCUGGCCAACGUACAUCUCGAGAACGCCAGGCAGCAGGGUGAGGAAUACAAGCGACUCAGCCAAGAGGUCGAAGAGGAGCUGUCCAACUUCACUGCUUCCCAAGAGCAAUAUCGCGAGGAGAUGGAUGCUGCAAUUGCGUCGAAGGAUAACAACAUCAAGGGAUUGGAGCAACGUGUAGAGGCUCUGACAACAGAGUUGGCCAGCACCACCAGCGAGCUUAACGGGCUCCGCGAUGCUCAGGCGGAAGUUGCACAGAAAGCCGAAGAAAGGGAGCGCAUGCUGAAUGAGGAGAUUGGUCGACUGAAGGAGGACGAAGAGCGACACAAGGAGGCUGCCAAGAUACAUCUCCAGGACCUCAGAGACCAGGCCGAAAUUGCGGCGCAGGCACAGCAGGCUCACGACCAGGAGCUGCUCAAGCAUGCCGAAGCACGGAAGUUGCUGCAGGCCCUUCGCGUCCAGCACAACGAACUCAAGACGCAAUCCCAAGGGUGGAGGGCCGAGGCCGAGUCCGCGAAACUGAGCUUGGCCCAGAGCGAGCAGUCGUGGGAAGAACGCCGGCAGCAGCUCGAACAGGAGAUCAGCGAGAUCAAGGCACGGUGGAACGAUGCCAACGCUCAAAACAAGCUUCUACACGGGCAGCUUGAGGCUACCAACGAGCAGAUUGUCAAGAUCAAGCAGAACAGGGCAUCUGCUGGCGAGCCGACGAAUCACGAUUCUGCUGCCGUUGCCGAUACCGCGACCGAGGGCCUACGGGAACUCAACACUUACCUGAGGCGCGAAAAGGAGAUCUUGGAGGUCCAGUACAACAUCAAGGUCCAGGAGGCGAGAAGGCUACACCAGCAAAUCGAAAUCGCCGAGUCGCAGCUUGACGAGACGCGCCUGAAGCUCGAGCAGGAACGGAGAGCCCAGGCUGAUAGCAACCGAGCCUCGAUAACCCACAACGAGUUGAUGGACAAGCUCAACGAACUCAACAUUAUUCGGGAAAGCAACGUCACACUCCGGAACGAGAACCAGCGGGCACAGGCACAGCUGGAGGCAAAGUCUGCCAAGAUCGAGAGUCUCGAAGCCCAGAUUCAGCCCUUGGAAACCCGCAUCGCCGAGCUCGAGAGCAGCCAGGCUUUCAAGGAUGCAGAGAUCAAACAGCUCCAGGAAGACCGCGAGAGGUGGCAGAAGAGGACCGAGUCGAUCUUGAAGAAAUACGGUCAGGCUGAUCCCGAGGAGAUCGACAAACUUAAGGAGACAAUCGAAUCCUUGGCUGCGGAGCGGGAUCGUCUCAAGCAAGAGCAGGAGCCGCUGCAGGCUAAGAUCCGGGAGCUCGAGACGACUCUCGAGACCGAGCGGGCGGGCUGGAAGUCUACCCGGGAGAAGCUCGCAGAGCAGUUCAAGUCGCGUUACAACGAGGCUAAGACCCAAAGGAACGACGCCGUCACCGAGAAGAACGAGCUACAGAACCAGCUCAACUCGGUCAACGAGCAGCUUUCAGCUCUGGAGAGAAACCUGGAGACGGCUAGGCAGGACAAGUCGGCAUUGGAGGAAAGGAAUGGUCAACUGGAGCAGCAGGCUCAGGCAGCCGCUAACAACACGCAAGAGACUGCACCUACCUCUGCCCCUACUUCUGCCCCUACCUCUACCCCUGCGCUCGAAGAACUUGCGCAGCAGUUGGAGAACGCCAAGCAGGAGCUCGAAGCCCUCGCCUCGCAGAAGGCUGCCGCUGAUGCCGAACUCGAAAAUAUCAGGCUCCAGCUUGCGUCAGCCAUGACCGAACGAGAUCAGGCCCUACUACGAAUCGAACAGCAGGCGGCAAGCGGUGGUGAUGUUGCCAUGCAGGGCAACGCUCCUCCUUCGGGCAAUGUUGCUCCUCUGUCCAACGAGGAGCGCAAUUCCCUCGAGGCGAAGAUUGCCGCGACGGAGGCGAAGAUCACCGAGGCUGAGGAGAAGGCCAGAGCGGUGGAGGCGAACAUGGAUGCGAUUGUGAAGCAGAGGUCUGAAAAGAUGAAGGAAAUUCUCAACAAACGCUUGAAGGAAUCCAGAGAAGCUCUCGAAAAAGAUACCCAGGAUACCAAGACGAAGCUGCAGGAGGAGUUCGACCUGAAGUUGGAGCAAGAGCGAGCCAUCUGGAUGGCGGAGAACCAGGCGGCGAGACCCCCUCAGGGCAAUGUGCCAUCGACACCGGCGAAAGACGGGCGUAACCAGUCUAUGUCCACGCCAACCAUUGCUACUCCCGGAGGGACGAACGUCGACCUCGCCAACCUCACUGAUGCGCAGACCCGCGACUUGUUGGCGAACAACGCGACGGUCAAGUCCAUUGUCGCAGCCAAUAUCAAGAAGAAGAUCGACCUGGAGACGAAGAAACUCCGGGAUGAGGUCGAGAACUCGAUGAAGGGGGAGUACGAUCAGAAGAUCAUCACUGCCAAGGAGCAGGCUACGGCACUGACGGAGAAGAAAUCGGCCCUUCGCGUCAAUAUGCUAGAUCGGCAGCUCAAGACUGGGCUUGCCAAGCUCAGCAUCGUCGAGACCGCGGCCAACGAGACACCACAGCGACCAGUCAUCGAGGUCUGGAAUAUCGCCAAGGAUGCGAAGGCACCUGCAACUGUCCCGACUGUCCCGGCUGCCCCCGCGCAAGCGGCGCCAGCGUCCAGUGUUACUGCUCCGCAGGUAACAACUGCCCCUACCGCUACCUCGGUGUCCGACGAUAUGAAACCCCAGGAGCCAGCGCCAGCCACGCAACGCAACAUUUAUCAACCGACCAAGCCUGCGGUGGCUACCACGUCGGCGCCGCAAGCUACGACUUCGACUGCGGCUGCAGCACCUAUACUUAACCCCUUCGCACCCUCCACUACCUCCCAGCCCACCCAGGUGCUGCCAAAUCCAUUCGCACCUGGACCCCAAGCGCAGCCCAGUCUGGCGCCACAGGCAAACCAACCCGGGCAGCAGCAGCAGCAGCAGCAGCCGCUGCCGGCCCGAACCGGCAUCCCCGUGCCCUCUAGGGGAGGAGGCCCGCAUGCCGGACGUGGGCGUGGCGCACAAGGCGUGUAUCAACCGCCCGGCCGCGGUGGUGGUCAGGGCGGUGGUGGUCAGGGCGGCGGUCAGGGCCACCGUGGCGGACGAGGUUUCGGCGGCGGCCGGGGCAUGAAUCCCAACGCGGGUGACUUCAACCCCGGCGGUGGCGGUGCGGGCAACAAGCGGCAGCGCAACGACUUUGAGGGCGGCGGUGGCUCUAAGCGGCAACGUGGUGGAGGCGGAGGCCAGUAGAAAUGGUCAACGCGCCCAGGGAGCCCUAGGCUGUGAUGAUGGGAACCGAGCCGGCGGGGGAGGGGAGUUACCGGUGUGGGUUGUAAGGGAAACGUGGGAAUGAGGAUACGAGAGUCGGAAUUGGGCUAUGGUUGCAGCAGCUAUGUAUCCGUGGCAUCUCACACAUGCAGGACGCAGUUAUUUUCCUAUGUCGUUUGAUCGUUUUGAAAUUGCAAGGGGAGGGAGGCAGGGUUGGAAUGGUUCUUGGCCGGGCAGGCAUAUCUUGCGAUGCACAGGCUUGUUUUCUUUGCAUCUCUGUACUAUUAGUCACGUGCCGAACCAACAUCUAGGGUCAGCGGAGUUUGAGAGCAGAAAAAGCUUUGAUCUGAUUACCGG